AUGAAUUUAUUGAUUUUCGAACGCAAACGUCGAAUUGCAGAGAAUUGUAAAAGGCCAUUAUCUGUUACGAUUGGUAAGUAUUAUGGGGUAUUGGAAGGUGAACAGGUUAUAGUAUCAGAUCUGAAAGCUGCUGAUGAUUUGAAUACAUUUGGAUGUUACGGUGAAUUUUUACAACGACGUGAGCCCCGUGUAUCAAUGGAAUGUUUCGGAAAUGAUGUUCAUCAACAACACCAACAAGAAAGGUUUCAUUGA